AUGGCAACCGUUCACAAGACCAAAGAGCAACCAAAGAAGCUCCAGCCCAAGAAGCUUCCCGUACAAGACCUCUCCGACGGGGAAGACUAUGACAGCGCCGAUGACUACACCGACGAUUCUGAAUACGAGGACGAAGUACCACAAACCAAGAACCAGAAAGGCAAACUACCCAACAAACAAUUGCAGAAGAACUUGCCAAAACAAAAACAACCCGUUCAACAAUACGAUUCAGAUGAAUACACGGAUGGAUCUGAAUAUGACGAAGAUGAUUAUGAAUACUCAGACGACGAAGCCGUGCAACCCUACUCGAAUGAAAACUCAGACUUCAAGCCCAACGGCGGCAUGGAUGUCCUCAAGAAAGAGGAGAAAUCUAUGCUGGACGAGGAAGGUAUGAAGCUGAGAUUGGAACUGAAUUUGGAAAUUGAGGUCGAGCUCAAGGCACGCAUCCACGGCGACCUCACCCUAGCUCUCAUGUAA